AUGUAUGUAGUAAAGCUUUAACCACUUGUAACUGUACAUGCUUUAGCACAAGUCUAGUAUUGGGCUAAAGAAUUUGUGAAACCACAUGUGUUUAUACAAGCAGAAUAAAUUGCUAAAAAAGGUGCACAAUUUGGAUCAGCAGCACCAGCUUAACCAGUAGCACAAGGAUUUGGAACAUUUUAAAAACAACAACUCAUAUAAUUUACAGCAUUAGUUGCAGGUAAUGGACUACAAGAUGAUGCAGAAUAAACAGCACUGUUAGCAAUAAGCACAAGCAAUAACACGAAAAUAUAUUUCAUUUUUAGAUGUCUAUCUCUUUUUGAUUCUUUUUUUCCACCCUGA